UCUGUCCGUUCUGUCACGUCACACGUACACUCGUAUGUAUAGUUCAAUAAUGUAAACUAAAUACAAGAGCUUUGGAAAUGCGCAAACUUACCUCCGACCUGCAAAAUUCUGGCACGGUAGUGGGCACACGUGCCGGUCACGUCCGUCCACUUCACCAUAUAGAAUGCCACCGAAAAGUCGUCGUCAGGCUUGAAAUUCCUUAUGUCCGUGACUGGCACAAUUGCCAAAUGCCUAUCUAUUUCGUAUCGCACGUACGCGUGGGUAAUCAUAGUCAGUCAACAACGCACUCAAGGAGAAUAGAAAUUCAAGAAAUAAUGGCGCAAAAGAACGGGGAUGACUGAGACACAACUUAAGAAAGCGACAACGGAGGGCAUACACGACUGUUUUUGUUGCUCCACCUGCACGUGUUGCUGAUGUUGAUGGCGAUUAGGCUGUUCCCAUUACCUCGGUCAUCAAGCGAAGACGACGCUGAGGCAAAUUUUCAUUCUAAAGAAAAAUUGUUUUAUAGACGUGAAAUAUGAAAUUUAAACAAUAUUCCUAAAUUAAAAAUUGUUUUACAGCUAAAAGGUGUUUAGGUAUAACCUUCAAGCCGCACUAGAAACAUACUAAAACAGUGCCAGUUUGUUUACUGUUUAGCGUCAUCAUCAAAACACAGACUUUUUAUGUUCGUUCAACUUUUACUUGUGCGCCUAAUAUAAUUUUGACUAAAUAAUUACGCAGUGAAAUUGUAAACAUAAGCCAUCCUAAGCGAUAUUGGUAUCAACGUUUGUUUGUGUUCCGUAUGCGCAUGGUGCGCAGUCCGUUCAAGUGAUUCAACCCUAGCUGCCUGCCGUAGCGGAGUCUCGCACACCGAAUUUUGACUGCAAGCAGCCCACAUACAUGCGUACGCUUAGUGGUCAUUUGUGAAUUGGCGACAUGGAACCGCAGAAAAAACGGAGGAAGCGUGGUUGGUACAAAAAGUACCUAAAUCCAAGCAGUGUCUUCCACGUGCCCAGAUCAACAGAUUCAUCAGCCCGGUUGCGGCUCGCUCAAGCGGAAUCUUCAAAAGACGAUGGUUCAUACCAUCGAAGCUCAAAUGAAGAGUUGGUGGAACCGCGGCCAGCUGUCGAGGACGAGUACACUACGCAAAGUGCCGGCACUGCUGGAGAGGCGGAGGCCGCGUUGACAGGGGAGAGCGACGAUCCGACAGCUCCUGACAGCGAUUCUGAUGGGACAGGCAUCAUCUGUUCCAGGGCGCUAGCAUCUCCACAGCCCGGUCCAAGUGGAUGUGCAAGAAAUCUGCACGAGAGAGGAGGUGGUUGCAAUAAAGACAAUGUAGCCACUGAGGAAGACACCGAUAACACCAAUCAAUCUGGUGAAGAGUACUCCUAUGCAACAGAUCUCGACAGUGAUGAUGAUACAACUGGUCUUAUCCCAAUUACGGACACGCAACAUGGUGAACUGAGCAGCAUGGCGCCAGAAUCAAGUCACAGUGAACCGGAACACAUGAGUGACGGCCAAGACCUUUUCAGCAGUGCUGACACAAAUAGAACAACACAGCUUGGUGAAUUGUUUCAGGGGGCCCUGAAUGAAAAGGUUGUCGUUUCUAAAGGAGACAUGCUGUUAAUGAUACUACAGCAUGCCUUAAAGAACAAUUUGACAUUGACAGCACUGACAAACCUUAUAGAGAUGAUCAACUUGUUCUUUGAAAGACCUGUGCUGCCUCAAUCUAAGUAUAUAAGCUUGGAUCUGGAAGCGGACCACCUACGCAAAAGCCGACGGCUUCAAAGACUACCUCCGGAAUACGGCCUUCAAGAUCUGCCGAGGAUGUCGACCACAACCGCAACCCAGACACAGGAGACAUACGGUACGGGACAGCCUCCUGCGUCGCUGGUUCUCCACACGCCCCAAAGGCCACGGCCUUUCCAUGCAAACAGGCCCGGCUACCCUAGGGUUGCCAGCACCACAACAGUCGUCGGUGGCGGCCUGCGCUACGCGUAG